AUGAAGUUCGGCGACGAAUUCAACGACCGGUCCGUUUCCAAAUGGAGAAACUACAACAUAGACUACAACGACAUCAAGCGCAAAAUCAAAGAGGCCACAACUGCAAUCAAGGACUCAAGCUCAAGCCUCUCUGACAAGUCCAAUGACACUAACGACACUAGCGACACCGCAUUUUCGAGAUUUUCAACGAAUUCGCAACAGGACAAGAGGACGAGGAAGCACUUGAAGCAAUUGUUCAGGGCUUUCAAGGAACAAAUCGAGUUCACGUCCUUGUUCGUCAACUCCAAGUACGGCGAAAUAUCCAGAAGAAUUCUCGCCACUAAAAGUUUACUCAACAAUUUCAUCAACUCUACGCUCGGAUCGGACAGCAACCAUAGCGCAAUUCAGCAGCGUCUUCAAGGAAGACGUCUGAUGCUUAUACAGAAAGAGCUGGAAAUUCUCUCGGGCGAGCUCCAAGAUCUUUCUAGGUUUAUUCUUUUGCAGAAAAUUGCAGUGAAGAAGCUUUUUAAAAAAUUCAUCAAGCACAGCGAUUAUCCCCACAAGCAGGAGCUUGUGGACAAAAUCACUACCGAAUGUCUUAACGGGAACCCGAAUUCCUUUGUCAAUUUGUAUCUCAACGAUGCGGCUCUAGAGCUGACACUGAUGUUCGACGUGAUCAACAACUACCGUGCCAAUCAGACACAGACAGGUUCAGGUUUCAGCGUGAACAACAAUCGCAAGUUGUCAUUUGCCACAGAGGACUCCUUUGGGUUGUCCUCACUUAUAGAUGGUCACUCCAAAGACUUUGUAUAUUCCAGAGCAACCACUUUCGAUCUUAUCUCUCACAAAAAAGGCUCGGUGUGUCAGAGAUUUUGGGUUCAUAAGGACAAUCUGGACGAAAUGAAGUUCAAGCUUCUGAGUGGAUUCAAACUCAUUUCAGACGACUCGGGCAUUAUGGACGAAGAACACGAACAGGAGGGUCUGGUCCGGCAAUACGAGAAUCAACGAUUGUCAGAGCAGAAUUCUUCAGUACACCUCAAACACACUCGCUCCGAGCUCAAUCUCCCAGAGCACGCCGAAGAUCCUGAUGCGACAUUCCACCCGGACACCGAAGUUGUUUCCAUUUGGCUCAACAAUCUCGAUGACCCACUGGUGACGUCUCAAACAGGUGUGGGGUUCCUCUCCGCGUCAGACAAUUUUCUUUCUGGCGGAGUGGUUGCACAGAUACAUAAAACGCAGUAUCCGAAUUCAAAGCGAGCCGAAAAACCGCUUCUGAUCUCGCCUAUCGGUGGUCUUCACCAAUUUGCCAUGACUACCCUGAACGAAACGCUCAUCCAUUCUUUAUUUAGUCCAUCGAAACUGCCUCCGGAGGUGUUUAAAAACAAGAUUUUGAAGCAAUGGUGUGAAUCUGGACUUGUCGGAAACCCCAAGAUGGCUCAGCUGUCGCUUGACUGGUGCAUCGACAAGAAAAUGGCUCCCUUGGCUAAAGUUGCUGUCAACAGACUUCGGUUCAUAAGUGUGACAGAUGACACACCUCCUAAAGUGGAGUGCUAUAUCACUUUAGACAGUGACAUUCGGAUCUCUCAAAUCUCGUCGUUGAAGGAUGUCCACUUCCAUAUUCCAGAAGACAGUAUUCCCUUUCCUCACUCAAUUCUUGAGGUAAAGUACGAUUCCCCCCUCAAAGUUCUUCCAUCAGUUGUGCAGUCUCUCAUCAACUCUCAUCUUGUUUACAGAGUGGACAAUCUUAAUUUCUCAUUGAAUAAUUACCUGUUAUCCAAGUUCUACCAGGACUCACUCACAGACGAAGCCAUGUUGGAAUAUGUUGCACCAUGGUUUGAUGACCUCCAAAGCAAGGAUAUCCGCAAACUUCCAUCAAUCGCGAAAAAGACGUCCGAGGAGGUUUCCAAACAGUCUUCGCCUCAGGGUAUUCUACUGAACAAAUACGAAGCACAGUUGCAGCAGCAGCAAGAACUCCAACAACAACUACUAGAAGGCAAAAGGUACUGGAAUGAAUUUGAUGACGGCAGCGAUCUUGAGGAUGACCAGGGAUACUAUGUUGACGACGACUAUGAGCUCUCGGGCUCAAGAACACCGUUUGGCAACUUCCUUGGCCUCGGGUUCUUGACCUCUUCGAGAAUUGAAGCUAUUCUGAACUUGUCUGAUAAGAUUUCGAGCAAACUCACUCAUAUCAUCAACUCAUUCAAGCAUGAGGAACCUUCUCCUUUACUCCCAGAACACCAAGAUAGACCGCAUUUCUAUAAAUCAGUGAUCAACGGAUCGUCCCCAUUGGAGAACGACACAGAGUCAGACACGGACAACAGCGACCACAAGUUGUUUAUUCACCGGUACGGUAAACAAGCUGAAAACGAGCGUUCGUACCGUCGUCGCCAACCAUCUCUUGUUUACGGCGAAGCGAGACCGAAUGACCUGCUGGCCCAGGUAAAUCAUGAUCGCAUUUUGUCGUUUCUAUAUCUAACUGCGAUGCUGGUGUCUUUUCUCACUACCGGGGUAGGACUGGGAGUCAUUUUCUCAACCCUGAAAUCUGGCGAUGAUCUGGAACAAACAAGUGGAAUGAUCCUGCUGCUCUGUUUCGGCAUGGGCUGUCUGGUUUUGAGUCUUAUUCUUAGCGGGGUCUCUGUGUGUCUCCUAAUGACUCGUUACAGUAAUGCCCCAAUGUGGCACCAGGCCUCUGUUUACUCCAGUCUCAUCAUUGUCACAAUACUGUUCAUCAUAUCCUUAGUUUCAUGUCUUUAG